UUGUUUCAUUUGUGCAGUUAUUCUGGCUCUACCCUGCUACAGCGCACCUGGGCAAAUCAAUCGUUUUGGACUUCCAGUCUCUGCCCAUAGUAGGGAUUUCAAUGUCAGGUCUCCCAGAGAUCAAGUAUGCACCAGGGUGAACAUUGACAUUCUAGAGUUCACCUGCUGUGAAGGAGAACGGCAUGAGGGGGCUGGGCAGUCCUGCUGUGGAAAGAGGUCCUUCAACCUCAUCCAGGCUUCAUGUUGUGAUGGUCAGCUGACUCCGCAUGUGAGCCAGCUGGUGUCAGAUUGCUGUGGCUCUAGGGCCUAUGAUCCACUCAACCAGCUAUGCUGUGACUUACAGAUUAUAACCAGGACCCAACCCCAUUCCAAGUGUUGUGGAAAAGAGCUUUACAAUAAAGACCACCAGCUCUGCUGUGGACCUGUCGAUAAAGGAAGGAAGGUCCUGACCAAAAUGUCCCAUCACCACCUGUGCUGUGGAGACCAACAGUAUGAUCCGCGAAGCCACUGCUGCUGCCACCACAUCACUGAACCAUUAAACACUCAGCCUCUCAAUGCAAGCUGCUGUGCCAUCCAGGAAGUGCGAAAAACUCUCCGAGCGGAAACUGUUCAGAACAAAACAAUUGCUCAGAGUUCUCCAAACUGUAUGCCUGGGGAGAAGCCUUGUGGUCAAAGUGACUGCUUUAACCCAAUAACAGAACGUUGCUGUGUGAACCCUACAUCUCUCCAGGGACAAAGUUACUCACAUGACCAGACCUGCUGUGAUGGAACACUCAGCCAUACUCCAGGUCACUACCAUAGUGCUAGCUGUGGCUCUAAGGUGUACAAUCCAGACAUCAAAAUCUGCUGUUGCGGGAAGGUGUCCAAUAAGGUGCUUGGAGUAAACAUGUGCUGCGGUACAACUCCGUAUGGUGUAGAGGACCGAGGGGUGCUGUGCUGUAACCAGACCUUGCACCGUGCGGUGGAGGAUGGGUACCAGUGCUCCCCAGGUGGCCACUUGUAUCUGCCAUCCCGUGACAUGGUGUGUGGCUCACGAGUUCAUCUGAACGAUCCAGGCAAACACUGCUGUGGGGAGGAGACAUACUACCCUCAGAAUGAAAUCUGCUGCAACGGACGCAAACACCACAGGUUGAGAAAUGUUUCCUGCUGCGGAGGGAAGGCCUAUGACCCCAGCAGUGGACAGAUGAAGUGCUGUGCAAGGACUCUGUACAACCUGCAGGUUCAGGACAGGCUCCCAGGUGAGGCCCAGUGCUGUGGGAGUGUCCUGAUGGAGGCCGGCUCCACCCAGACCUGCUGUUCUGCCCCAGGGCUAGACCUGCUCUACCCUACCCAGCCAGGGUUCACCUGCUGUGGGCACCGCUAUCCCAAUGCCUCCCUGUGGUCUUGCUGCGCCGGGGUCCUGCACCCAAGGCCUGAACCACACAACACCACCAAGAACGUGAUUCCAGGACCCAGACUUCUACCACUGGGGGAUCUGAAGACUGAAGUCCUGUGUCACAGCAGAGUUCUGGUAGGGACAGUGGAGAGUGUGUCCAUGAAGAUCAAUAAGCGGUCCAUUGUGAUGGUGAACGCCAUGUACAUGCUGGCCUCGCGUGGCCAUGUCAGCGCCGUGCCUUCCCCUCACUACGUCACAUUACCCGACCACUGCAGCUCCCCUGAACUGAUGCCGGGCAACACUUACAUCUGGGUGAAAAAUAAUUUCUCAGACACCAUAAGAUUCAUCUCUGAUCUCAGCGAUGAUUCCUUCCCUCUCCAUUCCAUCCUUACCAUGUGCUGAACCUUUUUCUUGCCCAGAGUAAAGCUCUACAUAAUGUUUGAAAGCUUUACAGUGUUUGUUUGCAAGUACAUUGUUAACAAUCAACGGUGUAAUAAAAAGCUCAUCUUGGGUUCAGAUGGGGUUCGACAAGUAGACAAUGUGUGUGAAGUGAAUAUCACAUUGUGCAGGAAAAAAAGCCUAUUUUAACCAAGCAUUUGUGUGUAGGUGUAUGACUUCAUGCAUCAAUUCAGGUGGUUUUGUGGGGGGUGGUUGCAUUUUUCCCAUCAUCAUACACGUACCACAUUAUCUGAUACUUGAUCACAGGAUCACAUUUUUGUUUGAUUAUUUCACUGCCAUACUGUGUUUGAUCUUGUCUAGCCAACUUGUCUCAAGUCCCAGACUUUAUUGUGUGUUAUCCUCAAUGUUUUUAUUCAUUUUAUUCAGAUGUUAUGAAUUUUGUCUUGCUGCUUCUUGUUCUGUUGCUCUGCGUGUGCUGAAACAUUGAUUAAUGUGCACUGUCCCUGUAAAAGAAAACGUAAUGUGCAUGCACGGCUUUUAAGUUUUAUGUGUGCUUGUCUUUUUAAAUGGUCGAAUUAAUAAACUAAACUAAAGAAUGUUGUUUAAGAUUAAAGGAUCAACGGGAAUUGGAAAGUUGUUACAUGCUCGCCCACUCCUACAACUUGCCUCUGAGACUUGAAUGAAGCAAUGCAUAAACAUCCUAGGGCACUGAGUCUUUGGCUGCGUUUAUGAGCAAAGUCAAAUUAUGAAUAAAAUAUUGUAAAACUGACAUAUACUGAACGCAACAUGUAAAGUGUUGGUCCCAUGCUUUAUGAGCUGAAAUAAAAGAUCCCAGAAAUGUUUCCAUAUGCACAAAAA